UAAAGUCUGCUAAUAAUCCUAGGUUUCAUUUUAUAGAAUUGAAAAAAAAAACAAUAUAAAGCCUUAAAUCCUUCACUCAUUCUAUAACACCUAGACACGUCUGAAGCAAAGUACAAACUCAAAAUUUCCUUCCAAACUGAUAAUGCCUGAACUAGGUACACGGGAAUCUUGUACCGGUAGAUUUCUCGACCCUGCGAAUCCCUUUCAAACAAUUCCCGACCACGAAAAAGGAUUCGAAAGCACGAUCCACUAUAAACACGUAAGUCAGUUAAUUUCCUUACAAUUUUCCAAAAUUUUGCAAAUAUUGCACUACGAACUUAACAACAACCUCUUAUACUCCACCACUUGGAAAAAGGCGGAAGAACACUUCAUGGACAAAAGAAAAAUCGACACUCUUCCGGUGGAGUGUUGCCUUGCAAUCAUUACCUACACCAUGGACGAGAAAAUCAACGGCACAAAACUUUAUCUAGACUUUAAUGAAAAAUGUAGGCGACUCGGAGACGACGGUACUUGGCAAAGUUUUCCAUACAAGAGUUUGUACGCAUUGUUGACACGCAGCAUCCACACCAUCACUAAUAAUCCCGAUGUUACCACACCCAUUUACUACCGUGGACUAAAAUGUAAGAUUACAGAUAUAAAAGAAGGUGAUUAUGUUUACUCCGUCCAGUUUUUAUCAUGCACCACUGACAAACAAGUAGCCCUGGAGUUUAUAGGUGGUAGCGACGAAGACACACAGGGAACUCUGAUGGUGUUUGAAGGAAGUGCAAUGGCGGCUUGCGGUAUUAUGGACUACUCUGCCUUCAAGGAGGAGCAGGAAAUUUUAGUUUUUCCAUGGAGUACAUUCAAGGUUACGAAAAUAAUAACAGGGGGUAAUCAGGACCAAAUUUUUCUUAAGACUAUUGGUCCGUUUAUCACAACUCUUCCUUAUUCUGGAACUUACAUCAAAAAAGGAGUUACAAUACAAAACUAGACCUAUUCUAAUAAAAUAAUUUACAAAGUCA